UAUGGCUGUGGUGUGUUUGUGUAGGUGGAGUACCUGGUGGAGAAGAACGUCAUCCCUCCAUUCUGUAACCUGAUGCUGGUGAAGGACCCCCAGGUCGUGCAGGUCGUCCUGGACGGCCUCAAGAACAUUCUCAUCAUGGCAGGCGACGAAGCCAGCAGCAUCGCCGAGAUCAUCGAGGAGUGCGGGGGUUUGGAGAAGAUUGAAAACUUGCAGCAACAUGAAAACGAAGACAUCUACAAACUCGCCUUUGAGAUUAUUGAUCAGUACUUUUCAGGAGAUGACGUAAGUUCACACAAAGCCUUCAGAAUCCACAGACACUUGUGCAGAAACGCAAAACUGGAUCUGAUCCGUGUUUUUUGGUACGCCGCUCAAUACGCCAUCGACAUAAAAUGUACGACAUAAUGUUUAACUCGGCAGUGAAUGAAUGACGCGAAAUGUCCACUCCUUCAUAGUG